AUAUGUGCUGUGAUUAGUGCAUCGACCAAGUGUUAACGAUGAGUGAAGGGACCUCGGGUGAUUCUGGUUGUCUUUCAGUUACUGUGUUGGGGGCUUCUGGUGAUCUUGCCAAGAAAAAGACUUUCCCUGCACUCUUUCAUCUAUACCGCCAGGGAUUUAUCGAAUCACAUGAUGUGCAUAUUUUCGGCUAUGCUAGGAGCAAAAUGUCGGAUGAUGAUUUGAGAGACCACCUCAAGGGAUACCUUACACCAUGCAAAGGUUGUGAAGAAACACAUGAGGAGUAUGUAUCAAAGUUUUUACAAUUGAUCAAAUAUGUAAGCGGCCCUUAUGAUGCCGAGGAGGGAUUUCAGUUGUUGGACAAAGAAAUAUCAGCAUACGAAAUGUCAAAAGAUAAGACAGGAGGAGCAUCCAGAAGACUCUUCUACUUUGCUCUUCCGCCAUCUGUAUAUCCACCAGUCUGCAAAAUGAUCAAGAAGUUUUGUAUGAGCAAAUCUGAGGGUGGGUGGACACGGGUUAUCGUUGAGAAGCCAUUUGGGAGGGACUUGAAUUCAGCUGAAGAACUGAGUACACAGAUAGGAGAACUGUUUGAUGAAUCACAGAUUUACCGUAUCGAUCAUUACUUAGGAAAGGAAUUGGUGCAGAACUUGCUGGUACUUCGUUUUGCUAAUCGCUUAUUCUUGCCACUAUGGAACCAUGCCAACAUUUCAAACGUACAGAUUGUAUUUAAAGAAGAUUUUGGAACUGAAGGUCGUGGUGGAUACUUCGACGAAUAUGGAAUCAUUAGAGACAUCCUUCAGAAUCAUUUGCUCCAGGUGCUUUGCCUGGUUGCAAUGGAGAAGCCCGUUUCUUUAAAGCCAGAGCAUAUUCGAGAUGAGAAAGUGAAGGUUCUCCAAUCUGUUCUCCCAAUUAAAGACGAAGAAGUUGUGAUUGGACAAUAUGAAGGAUAUCGAGAUGAUCCCACAGUUCCUAAUGAUUCAAACACACCCACCUUUGCAACUAUGGUUCUUCGAAUUCACAAUGAAAGAUGGGAAGGUGUUCCCUUUAUACUGAAGGCCGGAAAAUCAAUGAAUUCAAAGAAGGCUGAAAUCAGAAUCCAAUUUAAGGAUGUUCCUGGCGAUAUAUUCAAUUCAAAGAACAAAGGGAGGAAUGAGUUUGUCAUUCGACUGCAACCUUCAGAAGCCAUUUACAUGAAGCUAACAGUCAAGGAACCCGGUCUGGAAAUGAAAACGACUGUGAGUGAACUAGACUUAUCAUAUCGACAACGAUAUCAAGAGGUUGUCAUUCCAGAGGCGUAUGAACGCCUGAUUCUUGACACAAUACGGGGUGAUCAACAACAUUUUGUUCGCAGAGAUGAGCUCAAGGUGGCCUGGGAGAUCUUCACCCCAUUACUGCACAAAAUAGAUAACAAAGAAAUGCAAUCACUUCCAUACAAGCCCGGAAGCAGAGGCCCAGAGGAAGCAGAUAAAUUGGCCGAAAAGGUCGGAUAUGUUCAAACCCAUGGCUAUGUAUGGAUUCCGCCAACAUUAAGUAAAGUUUAAGUCAAUCACUUGAAGCAUACAUGAUGGGUGUUACACUCUAUAUAGUCUAACCCAUUGGUGCACCAUCUAAUCCAUCUGCGCCACAUUUUUUGAAAUAAGAUUCACUCCUCAAUUCGCUCAUCUCUUAAUAAGUUUAAAAUUAGUGUAGACUAAGUACUAUGUUUCAUGUGUUUUUUGUUUGGAAACUAUAUAUUCGUUAGUAUUCAAUAAUUUAUCAUAUGAUUACAUUCUCAAAGGAUGUAUAGGAUGUUACAUUUGUUUUCCCGUUAUUAUGAC